GUGACGCCACGAAGGCGGGGCUUCCGCUCAUCUCCCGGCUGGAGUGCAUGGCUGGAGAGUUCCCCAGCGUGGAAACUGCUGCAGCAUCGUAAGAAGUACUAAGAAAACUUGAAAUGCAUCACCUUCCAUCAACUACAAUACGCCUGCUGUCCAGCUCCCAGGUGAUCACCUCAGUGGUUAGCGUCGUGAAGGAACUGGUGGAGAAUGCUUUGGAUGCUAAUGCAACUAACGUUGAGAUUAAACUGGAGAAUUUUGGAUUUGACAAGAUUGAGGUUCGAGAUAAUGGGGAUGGGAUCAAAGCGUCCGAUACACCUGUGAUGGGCAUCAAGCAUUAUACUUCGAAAAUCAAUACUCAUGAGGAUCUGGAGAAUUUAGAAACAUAUGGUUUUCGUGGUGAAGCUUUGGGCUCAAUCUGCUCUGUAGCUGAGGUACAUAUAACAACAAAAACAGCUGUGGAUGACUUAAGCACACAAUAUGUACUGGAUGCCAGUGGACAUAUUCUUUCUCAAAAGCCUUCUCACCUUGGACAGGGUACCACAGUCUCUGUACUGAAACUAUUUAAGAAUUUGCCUGUCAGAAAACAGUAUUAUUCUACAACAAAAAAAUGUAAGGAGGAACUUAGAAGGAUCCAGGAUUUAAUGAUGGCCUAUGGAAUUAUAAAACCAGAUUUAAGGAUUGUAUUUGUACAUAAUAAGGCUGUAAUCUGGCAAAAGUCCAAAGUAUCAGAUCACAAAAUGUCCUUCAUGUCAGUCCUGGGAACCGCCAUCAUGAGCAGUAUGGUCCCUUUUCAACACCAAUGUGAGAAUCCAGAGAUGUAUAUAAGUGGGUAUCUUCCAAAGCCAGAGGCAGACCGCACUUUGACCAGUCUCUCUACCUCAGAGCGCAGUUUCCUGUUUAUAAAUCGCCGGCCAGUUCAGUAUAAGGAGAUCACAAAGAUGAUUCGUUUGUUCUAUAAUCAAAGCCAGAAUAAGGAUUCCUCUCGCAGCUACCCAGUAUUUUUCAUGAAUAUUGUUCUUCCCGCCUCAUGCUUGGAUGUGAAUGUAACACCCGAUAAAACCCAAGUCAUGAUACAAAAUAAGGAAUCUGUAAUGCUAGCAGUCGAGGAUAUCCUGAAAUCUGUGUAUCCAUAUUCAGAAAAUGAUAAAGCACAUGUGCAAUCUGAAGAAGCUAUUAAUGAACAUACAGAUAAGAACACUGGCAAAAAUAAAUCUUCUGGAAAUCAGAGUCCCUUACAAGAUAAUUUAUGUUCUUCUAUUAACAGUUAUCAAGUUGACAAGGAAUCAGAUGGCCAUGAUGUUAAUAUGGAUUGUGAUGUAGGUAAAGUUGACUGUACCGGUUAUCAAAAGCGUGAUGCAUUUCAAGAUGGUACAGCAAAUUCCUCCUUACACGAUGAAUGUAACUAUGCUGUAAACUUUGCUAUUGGUAACAAUGUUUUAAUGAAUACUCAACCAAACUCUGAGCUUGACUCGCCUAAUGCUGGUCCGAUUGAAGGAAAAGAAAUAAGUAAAAAUCCAGAUGUGAACGAUGACCUUGACAACCUUGAGAACUGGAGUAAAGGGAAUGCACUAAAGAAUUCCAGAGGGGAGAAUCUAGAACCCGUAAAGAUUUUGAGCUCUCGAGUGGAAAUUGAUGUUGGGGAAAAUAAAAGUGAAUUGAAUGUCCUAAAAAGCCCUGAAAACACUGUAAAAAAAUUGUCCAAUGUCAUUAGUGAGAAAUCUGGAUUCAUCACUGCCUAUGAUCUCAUCAAUAACAAAGUGAUCAAGAAGCCCAAGUCUGCUAUUGAAUUAUUUAUUCAAGAACAUCGAUCUAGACUUCUGGAUGAAAACCCAGAGGCCAGCAUCGAGGACAUAUCUUCUCAAGCUGAGGAACUGUGGGAGCAGCUAACUAAAGACGAGAAAAGCAAGUACAGUGACAAAGCUGCUAAAGACCUCCAGAGGUACAAAGCUCAAAGUGAAAAGGUUACCGGACAGAAUAUUCAAAAGCCAAAAGACAUUGACAAAAAGCAGAGACUGUCUUCUGAACAUAGUCCUGCUCAGAAAGUGAAACUGAGAACACCACUUUCUAACCAGCAAAUACUGGACAAGAUGUUUCAGUCUCAAGUGGAAAAGAAAACAUCCACCACAAUUAAAACUGUGCCAAUCACUUUUGCUUUGAGUACACUAAAGCGCCAACAAUGUUUGCUGUCAGAAAAAAAGACGACAGAUGCCAACGAAUUUAGUCUGAUUAGCAAGCUGAACUAUCCAGGUGCAUGGGUUGUGGCCUCAGAGCAAAAGGUGACUUUAUUAAAUCCUUAUAGGAUGGAGGAAACGUUGCUAUUUAAACGCUUGGUGGAGAAUCAUAUAAUAUCUUCUGAGAACCUGGACUCUCCAAUAAUCUUGACAGAUAGGCUACUUGGUGGAGCUCAGUAUUUGAAUGUGCUCUUAAAUAUGGAAAAGGAAUCUCCAAAACUGAAUGGGGAUAUGUAUAUUUCAGAUGUAAGACUGACUUCAAAUGGAUUUCGGAUAAAAAUCAUACCAGGAAAGUCCGCUGUAGACAGUCGCAUUCAGAUAGAAGGAUUGCCAACAUGUUUGCCUUUUUAUGGGAUAUCUGAUCUAAAAGAAGUUUUAAAUUCUGUGAUGAAUACAAAUGGCAAAGAAUUGUGUGACUGCAGACCACUCAAAGUGCUGAAUUAUUUGGAGGGAGAAGCAGUGCGUCUAUCUCGUCAGCUCCCGUUUCACCUUACAAAGGAUGAUGUGUUGGACACCUUGUGCCGCAUGAAAACACAGCUUGGAAGUGAGCAUAAUGAAUGUAUGCAUGGACGUCCAUUUUUCCAUCAUUUAACAGACAUUCCUCAAACUGGCUGAAAUAACAUUUAAUUGUGCAGUGAAGAUUCUGUAAAAUAAUGAUAAAAUCACUGAACUGCCCUUUGGACGUCGGAGUCAUUCUUUAUCAUUUCCAGAAGAAACAUUUUAUAUAACGAUAUAGUUUCAGGAACUGCUGUAGAAAAGAAUUGCUACAAAAGGGAUUUGGGGGGCACUUACCCUUUGUUGGUUUCCACAAUUACAGCACCCAAUCCAAGUGAACAAAGUGUAAACAUUGUGUCACAUAGCCCAAUAGCAAUAUUUGAUGCUUGACCUGAGGCAAUAUGUUAACUUCUAGUGCAAAUGGCAUUCUGUUGGAUCCAUAUUUACUUUUGCUUUUAAUAUUUUUGCAUAUAAAUCUUGAAUGGCAUUGUUUUGGCCACAGUUCAAAUAAGGGCUUCAACUGGACUGCAUCAGACCAAUAAUUCUAAAAGCUAUAUUGACAGGGAUGCAAAUAACUGAAUUUACCGCCAAAUUGUUUCCUGUC